AUGACUCCUUUUAUACAUUUAUAUUGUGUUAUAUGGAUAGAGUUAUUGACUGGCUGCUGCACCACCACAGAAUCGAUGUACCCAAGGUUUGCUGAGCCUAUACCAAAUGUGACGGUGACUGUCGGCCGGGACGCACUACUUGCGUGCGUUGUGGAUAAUCUAAGAGGAUUCAAGGUAGCAUGGGUGCGUAUGGACACUCAGACAAUUCUGAGCAUCCACCACAACAUAAUAACCCAGAACGCGCGCAUCAGUCUGUCGUACAACGACCACCGCUCGUGGUACCUGCACAUCAAGAACGUGCAGGAGGUGGACCGCGGCUGGUACAUGUGCCAGGUCAACACCGACCCCAUGCGCUCCAGGAAGGGAUACCUGCAGGUGGUGGUGCCACCAUCAAUCAUCGAUAACAUGACGUCAACGGAUAUGGUGGUUCGGGAAGGCUCUGACGUCACCUUGGUGUGUCGGGCUUCAGGGUACCCUGAACCUUAUGUCAUGUGGAGGCGAGAGGACGGACAAGACUUUAAUUAUAAUGGAGAAUCAGUUAGCGUAGUGGAUGGAGAGACGUUGACAAUAACAAAGGUGUCUCGGUUACACAUGGGUGCUUACCUGUGCAUAGCAUCUAAUGGGGUGCCACCAUCGAUUAGUAAACGGAUCAUGCUCAUGGUUCAGUUUCCACCAAUGCUGUCAAUACCGAAUCAGCUGGAAGGUGCAUACAUUGGGCAGGACGUGACGUUGGAGUGCCACACGGAGGCGUACCCCUCCUCCAUCAACUACUGGACCACUGACCGUGGAGACAUGAUUAUUUCCGGAGGCAAGUACGAAGCAUUCCCGAUGGACAGUGGCUACAACAAGUUCAUGAUGCUGAAGAUCAAGAACAUCACCAAGGAAGACUUUGGCUUCUACAAAUGUAUCGCGAAGAACUCACUGGGAGAAACAGACGGGAUCAUCAAACUUGAUGAGAUACCGGCUCCUCCGUCGGCUUUUACGACGACACAGAAAACAGUGUUAGACAAUCAAACAAUUAGAAAGAAAGGUUUGCCGCAAAUCAUCCAAAGUAGUGACGCAAUUAGUUCCAACUUCCAAGGUGAAAUGUACGGCGAACAACUAAGUGAUUUCGAUGAUGACCUAGAAAACUCAGCGAGUUUCCACCAAGUAAAUUCAGUGUUAGGUUUCACUUUAAUUUGUCAAGUAAUAAUCAUAGCGAGGUAUAUUUUAUUUUCUUGA